AUGGUAACAUCGCGAAAGCGCACAUCUUCAUCCGUCGAGGUGGACCAGAACAAGCCAGCAAAGAAGGCUUGCACAACGGCUAAACCCAAGAAGGCUGUCAAAAAUGCUGGGAGUUGCUCGAUGAACAAGAAGCAGAUUGGAGACCACGUCAAGGCCGCGCUGGCCUUGAACAAAUACUCGCUCAACCGGACAGUCUUGAGUCUACAAAUGGACACGGCGUUCUUCCGCACCUUCUUCGUUGAUAACGACAAGCUCAGCAAACAAUUACCAAUCACCCCAACAGAGUUUGACGACUCAUCCCCCGUGGUCGUCGUGGAACUCAGCCAUCACCAAGCAGCCGAGUUGCUCGGGGUUAGCAAGGUUAAGGGAGGAAACAGGUUCACCACGACGCACCUGGCGGCUAUGUGUGUUGUAUUUUAUCCCAGACUCGGCAUGGCCAAGAUCUGGUUGUCUGUGUAG